GCGCCUAUCUGUUCUUGUGUGCGCGCUCUUACGCGUGUGGCGUGUGUUGAGAGAGUUCAUUCAAAUCUGUUCCUUUUUUUAAUCCUCUGACUAUUCAGGAGUUAAUAACGGGAAGAGGACAUAUUUUUCUCACUGCUCGCUUGACAGAAACAGAAAAGUAGGUCUGCGUUCCGGUGCAGAAUGAAGCGUUCCGAAAGGGCACCCGACCCCGUGCCGCAGACACGGUGGAUGACACAUUAUCGGUGAUUUUUCGCCUAAAAGUAGAUGGAAUGUAAACUUGACCUCACACACUAACGGUGAAGAUGAGUUGUGCUUUUUCUCAAUGUCUCAUUGUAUAUAUUUUGGAUUUAGCAGUUGGCUAUUUAACGGUCACUCUUGAGUCCCUCCCUCCCGUUGUCAUUGGAGACACGGUGACACUCAAGUGCAAUUUCAGGACAGAUGGCAACCUGCGAGAGAUUGUGUGGUUUCGGGUGACAGAGGGUGGCAGUGCCAAGCAGAAGAUCUUCACCUACGAUGCCAUGUACAACAGCAACUUCUCCCAUAUGGAGGACUUCCGCAGACGAGAAGACCUGGUCUACCAAUCAACUGUCCGGCUCCCUGAGGUGCAGAUGGAAGAUGAUGGACCAUAUGAGUGCCAUGUGGGGAUCUACGACAAGGCCUCUAGAGACAGGGUGGUCUUAGCCUCAGGCACCAUUGUGCUCACUGUCAUGGUGCCUCCUAAAUCCAUCUCUGUAGUGGCAGCAGACUGCCCGGCCCCCUUCAAUCGCUACGAGGCCCAGAACUUCACUCUAAUCUGCAUCGUCAUGGGAGGAAAACCAGCCCCUAUGGUGUACUUCAAGCGUGACAGCGAGCUGAUCGAGGUGUUCCCCUCUAUUAUGGAGGGUGGUGGGGGCCAGUCCCAGGGAAGGGGCAUUGCAGGUCUACGGGGCUCUAGGCCCCUGAUCAGCAGAGAUCUGGAUGACACCAAGCUGAAGAAGUCCCUCUCCCUGCUGGACCAGGACCAGGGGAAGCCCCCCCGUCUGGACCAUGACACCCCUGGGACCAGAGGGACAGGGAAGACAGGAGGGGCCGGGGAGGAACCAGGGGCCCUGGGUGAGCCUGGCGGUGUGGAGGGGUCUGAGCCCAGCCCCACCACCACAGAGGUGAUCCCAGAGACGGUGGUAAGCCGGGAGUUCCCCCGCUGGGUGCAGAGCACAGACCCGCUCUACUACUUCCAGCACAGGCGGCAGGUCUCCAGCGAUGGCACCAUGGAGGUCAGAGCCAUGCUCACCUGGAGCCUCAACCCCCAACUAGACAACGACGCCCUGUUCAGCUGCGAGGUCAAGCAUCCAGCUCUGUCCAUGCCCAUGCAGGCUGAGGUCACUCUGUCUGCUCCCAGGGGCCCCAAACUCUCCAUGUCGCCUGGUAAGGCUAAAGUAGGAGACACUGUCCGCAUUACAGUUCAGGGCCUCCAGAUCUCUUCCACGGGGAAUAUGGUGUUCCCCGAGCCACUGUUCACCUGGACCAGGGUGGGAGGUAAUUUGCUGGACGGGAGAGAGGACCAUAAUGGGAGGGAGCUGGUGCUUGAGAGAGUACCAGCCGAGCUCAACGGCUCCAUGUUCCGAUGCACUGCCCAGAACCCUCUGGGAUCCACUGACACACACACGCGGCUCAUCGUGUUUGAAAACCCCAGACUUAAGAAGGGAAGACAGCAUUUUGUUGCAGAUGCAGCCUAUUGCAAUGAGGCACUGGAGCUGACCACCAUGCUGUUAAUGUUAGCCGUGACAUGGGAGAUGACGUGAACAGCAAAAUGGACCCCUGCCCUUCUCCAGUCUCACUAGUCUCUCGAGUCUCCUCUGUCACUCACUUCCCCAUCUGCAGUUGCAGCUACUGGAGCUGAAGCACUGUUCCCUUUUCAUAAAAGCAGCUUAGGAAAAUAAAAACAUUGUCAGAAAGAAGAUGAGAACUACAUACAUUCUAACUUUCUAAGCUUUUAUGUUGUCAUUCUGCCUGCCUAACUGCUUCUUCCCUUUUGUUUUUUUCAACAUCCUAUGACCAACUAUCACAGUGGUUAUGUUUUAUGGUAGAUUCCAACCUGUGUUAGAGGUCAUUUUAACCAAGUUUAUGUGGGCUGGCCCGCAUUAGAUGCUUUUCCCCCGGCUUCCUGUUAUUUGAAGGUCAGAACACAAACAAUAUAACAUGUUUUUGACAUAUCUUGGGCAGCAAGUUCUUGGAUAAAAUAAAUGUUUGGUUGGAAGAAA